GACACUAAAUUUAUGAAAGUAAAGAAUGCUUUUGAAUCUUGUUGGUCUUAAAUUAAAGAUAUGUAGAAUGUACCAAAAUACCCUUUAAUCUUGUGUUUUAAACAAGUCAUGUGGAAAGUUGAAAUUAAAAAAUUGCAAAAAAGGAAAGAGACAUUCUUUUUUAAACGGACUAAAAAGGAAAGUAAGAUAAACAAACUGAAACCGGGGAGUAUUAAAGUAUACAACAUGUGAAUUGUAAUCCAAAGGUAUAAACAUACAUACCUCUUGGAUAUUUUGUAAACAUAAUUUUUCUAAAUAGAUAUGGAGUGAAAUAUUUCUUAGAAAUAGGUAUUUUGGAGGUUUUAUAUUGCCGCAUGGGCGUCGGUGUUGGUUUUCCAAAUGUUUAUUUUUCACUUAUUCUCCAGCGGCUGGUGAUUUUUUCGCCGGAUUUCAGUGAAAUUUGUAACUGAGGUCUGAGAUAGGUCCGGUGAAUUCUACACUCGCAACAGCAGUUAUUUUUGUGUUUGGCAAUUUGGUCAGUUCCAACAACCAGGUUAAGCUUUGAAAAUUAGAAUUUUGGGUCAACUUUUGAUCUUUUGCAGAUUAACUUGUAUACAAUGUAAUUUAAGGUCAAAGGCAAUAUUUUAGUGAAACAUUUGAAAAAAGGUUGACAUUGGAUGUAUUUCGUUCCAUUGGAGCCUCUUUCAACUGUCUAAAUACAUUAAUGGCUAAGAAUGUGAUGUUGGCUAUGGAAAGUGAGCUUCUUGUAGAGACAAAGCAAGUCUCAAAGAAGGGUGCAUUGCCUCUUUUAGUGAAGAAGAGAGGGGCUUUGUAUAGAUACUCUUGAGCCAUGUUUGUCGCUCUAGACUUAUCAUUAGUUCAUUGGUUCUAUUACUAAUCGGUUCUAGCUCCAAAAGACAUAUACAUGGAGCUACGUUGACUUUUGGACAAGAAAGACUAGUCAGUCUAACCUACCUCCCCAGCUUCGGUUAACUUAAGGCUUGUCUUUCUUUUAGAACCUUGUUACUUUAAGUUGUCCUGCCAGGGGCCAUGAGAGCGGUGGCGACAGGCUUGCUAGGAAGCUAGCCCGAACCGGGGUUAGCGUAGAAUGAAAGGGGCGGCUCCAAUCUUGUGUUGGCGUUUCCAACUUAUUGGAUUGCGGGCGGGGAAAAGAGGACGUGGGACUCGAUUCAGGGGUGUAGCGUAACUAAGAGAGUCAUUCCAUAUAGGGCAAGACAAAAUAGCAUGUACUUCUUGCAAGGCUUGGUGAGCUUCUUCAUGUGACAAAACAUCGCAACAAUAAUCCGUUGAACAAUCACCGAUCAAGGGCAUCGUAGUGACCUCUUUCAGCAAAGAAUUAUACCACAAAGCCCAAAACUAGAUGAGGUAUUUGAAGCCAGCCAACUUGUUUCAUGAAUUACUGAAGUCAAAUACACUUGCAAGUAGUCGCUUGCUUGGGUUGGAUGUGGGUGAUAAGUAUGUUGGUCUAGCUGUUUCGGAUACGUCAAAUAAAGUUGCAUCACCUCUCGCUGUCCUUGUGCGCAAGAAAACAAAUAUUGACUUGAUGGCCAGAGAUUUACAGAGUCUGGUUUCUGAACUUUCCUUGGGGGCCUUUGUUUUCGGCUAUCCGUUUGAUAGACAAAAAACUAGUCGCGAUGCUGUGCAAGUUAAGUUAUUCAUUGAUGACCUUUGUCGGACGGGAGAACUUAGAGGUGUAAAGUACACCUUUAGGGAUGAAUGCUUCACAUCUAAGAAUGUCGAGUUGUUACUACAAACUUUAAAGUUUCACCCAGCAGAAUCGAAGACUAUGUUAGACAAAUUUGCAGCAGUUGGAAUACUUCAGGGGUACCUCGACUAUGUUAACAGGAAAAACACCUGAGAAGACUCUUAUUAGCUCCAGGCCUAAUACAACCUAAAUCUUAUUACGUUAAUGUCUUCAAGAGAUGGACGCACACAUUGUAUGUACACAUACUAAACUGAAACAAUGAAGUUGUAGGUGUCACUGUAAUUUGUAGGUUAGUGUAUUUUGUUAAACUUUGUUGUAACUCUCUAUUUACUUUAUGUAUAAACCGUAACACUGUAUUCAAGAGCAAGAUUUUGACCACAUUUU